AAUAUUGUAGGUUCGAGUCUCUUCCGCGAAUACUGUUUCCUUCGAAUCAAACGCCACGUGUACCACAUUCCGGUACCGUAACGGUCAAAGCCGAUCUGGAAGAUCGUACCUUUUCCUUUCCUUUUUCCCUUCCACUCAUCGGCAUCCGAGGGCCCCUCGCAGUUAAGAUCGAGAAGAGCACAAUCCUUUUCAGCUUCUCUAUAUCUCCGCUGUUGCUCAGCUAUUUCCUUCAUUCAGAUCUGGGAGAAGACGGACGAAAAUGGGGAGAAUCGAUUAUCUGGCGAUGAAAACUGAUCCGGUUGCAGAGGAUUUGAUCGGUUCUGAUAUCAAUGAGCUCAAGCUUGCCGCAAAGAAGCUGAUCAACGAUGCAACUAAGCUCGGGGGGCUUGGGUUUGGAACUUCUUUCCUCAAAUGGGUAGCUUCCUUUGCUGCUAUCUACUUGUUAAUACUGGAUCGAACAAACUGGAGAACAAAUAUGUUGACAUCACUUCUGGUGCCAUACAUCUUCUUCAGUCUUCCUUGGGUGGUGUUCAAUUUUUUUAGAGGAGAGGUUGGGAGAUGGAUUGCUUUCAUUGCUGUUGUGCUGAGGCUUUUCUUCCCAAGGCAUUUUCCAGAUUGGCUGGAGAUGCCGGGGUGCUUGAUUCUUCUGCUGGUUGUUGCUCCCAGCUUCUUUGCAGAGACCCUGAAGCGGAGUUGGGUUGGUGUUUUAAUAUGCCUCAUCAUUGGUUGCUACUUAUUGCAAGAGCACAUUCGAGCUUCGGGUGGAUUCAGGAAUUCCUUCACACAGAGACAUGGAAUAUCCAACACCAUUGGCAUCAUCCUUCUGAUAGUAUAUCCUAUCUGGGCUUUGGUACUUCACUUUGUCUAGGUUCAGUAUGCUUCCUUUUUUUUUUUUUUUUGGUGGAAGACCUAAAGUUAGAUUUUGUCCAUGUGAAGCCUGUUUCAUUAUCAACCUUAAACUUCUCUGAAUGGUAAAUAAACCUUGGAUUGAAUUCAAUUGAGCGAGUGGAUGUUUUUUUCUUUUUGAAGCAGUUAGGUCCUUGUGCA